AAUCCCACGUAACCUUGCACUUGAUUAUUCUCCCUUCCAAAAAUUCGCGAAUUUUUGAGUAUAAAAGAUCUGCAGUUAUCAAAGAUUGAUACAGUCUCAUAACAGUCCUAACUCAGGAGGUUAUUAGAAAUACAAAUAAAAAUGAAAUUCUUCAUUGUUUUCGCUUGCGCUUUGGCCGCCGCCUCUGCUGGCUUUGUUGCCCCAGUUGCCUAUGGUGCUCAGCACUUGCCAGUGAUUGGACCCAACGGUGUCCCAGUUGAUACCCCAGCUGUCCAACAAGCCACUGCUGCCCAUUUGACCCACAAGGCUGAGGCUUAUGCUCGCAACGGUGACUACGCCUACGCCCCACAUGCUUACGCUUACGCCGCUCCUUUCGCUUAUGCCCACCAUGCCGUCGCUGCCCCAAUUGUAGCUGCCCAUGUUGGUGUUGCUGAAACCCCAGAAGUUGUUGCUGCCAAGCAAGCUCACUUCGCUGCUCACGCCGAAGCUUUGGCUCGCGUUGCCCCAGUCCACCACUUGGCUCGUCGUGGUGUCUAUGCCGCUGCUCCAGUUGUUGCUGCUUACGCUGCUCCAGUUGCCUACGCUGCCCAACACCUCCCAGUCAUCGGACCCAACGGUGUCCCAGUUGAUACCCCAGCCGUCCAGCAAGCUCGUGCCGCUCACUUCUCCCACAAGGUCGAAGCUCAUGCCCGCAACGGUGAUUACUUGGCUCACCCAGUCGCCGCCGCCGCCUAUGGUGCUUACCCAUAUGCCUAUGGUGCCUACCCAUACAGCUACGGUGCCUAUGGUGCUUACGCCAAGUAUUAUUAAAUUUGUAUGACUGUCAACUUGUAAAUUUCAAAAAUCAAAAAUAAUUAAUAAAAAAAUGAAGAAUUA